AUGACUCUUCCCAACAAACUCAACUACGAUCCCAAACAGAUUGCCAUCCAACGACGAUACUUGUUGCAACAACGUUGUGUACAGCAGCAGCCUCCUCUUCUUCCUCCGAACGGUGCCACCACACCAGGACAGCCUCCAACCAUGCUUGAUAUUUAUGGUUACCCAACAACAACAACAACAACAACAACAUCGACCAUUGGUGCUACACCUCCAUCCAGUACUACUACCACUACUACUACUACUACUGGACAAUCACCCUAUCCAGGUGGACCAAAUGGAACCUAUCUGUAUGGACAAUCGCCCUAUCCUGGUCCACCUCCAACAACAACAUCACAAGGAGUGUAUGCUCAUCCGAUGGCCAUUCAUGCUCAACAACAACAACAAGCCUUGUUACAGCCUCAUCAAUUACCACCUGGUGCGAGCAUUGGUCCAAAUGGAACAAUUAUUAUGCCCAAUGGUAUGAUUAUGGCUCCUCAUCAUCAUCAUGGAACUGCCAUGAUGGGUUCUCCUCCUCCACCUGCUUAUGUUGGUGCUGCUGGUACUCAAAACAUGUCGGGAAUGUCCCAACAGCAGCAACCACCACCACUCAUGGCUUCACCUUCCACCUCUGGUAAAAAGUCUUCCUCCAAAAAGAGAAAGAGCCAACAACAGAAUGCUUCUGGUUCCCACUCGAAUGAAACUGCUUCUCAAGUGAAUGCUGCAUCGGAUUUAUCGCCUCCACCCAACUCGAAGAAGAAAAAGUCAAAAAAGAAGGAAUCAUCUUCUGCGAACGCUUCUGCUGCUUCUACUGGAGAUGGUACUAAUGAGUCUCAGAGUAACAACAAUAACACGACAAAUCCAACUCCACCUGCCAUUCCAUUUGGAAACUCUGCCAUCAUUAAAUCUCCAAAAAUGAUUAAGGAAGAAAUUCAACAAAUUAAUGACAUGUUUGGAAAGGCUAUUGAUGCAUUGAUUGAUCGAUUUAACGCAGUGAAAAUUAGAUCAUCAAAUACUGCACUCCCAGGUGUCACACAAAAUAAUCUCCUACUCUUUAAGGAAGAAGAAAAGUAUAAACCAAAAGAAGAGGAAAUCAUUACAACCUUCCCAACACCUCAACCAGCUUCUUCCGCUCAGCAAGAUUCAGAUGGAGAGCAAAAUCCAUCUACAUCAGUGGCUCCUUCACAAGCUGCACUUUUUAACACUCAACAACAAACCAAGUUGCUUCAAAAUUAUCCAGUGUUCAUUUCUGGAAAACAAAAUCCACAAGUCAUUGCUUCCAUGAUGCCAAAUGAAGCAGGUACCAAUAAUGGUGUGAGUGGACUCUAUGAAGAAGAGAAGAAUAGAAAACCAUUCUUCUAUAAGGACGCUUCUGAAGGUGAAUAUAUAUUGGUUGAAGACAUUAUUGAGGAAAUUAUUGAUGAUCUCGAUUCAUACUUUAAACGUGAAACACUUGCUCAUCAUCUUUCAGAAUAUUCCAACAAUAUUUUCAAUUUGCUAAAAGAGAGACUUGUGAGUUAUAUUGAAUCGAAUAGAGAGUCACUGACCAAGUUCUUACUGAGCGCAGAUUCAAUGACUUUCUUGGGUCAAUAUCUCGCUGAAAAGGAAUCAUUCCAACAUGUCACUGCUCAAUUGCGUAAUAUUAUUGACAUAUCUGUGAAAAAGUUUGAAGAAAAAACUAAGGAAGAAGCAAACACACAAAUUAUUCUAUCCAGUGGAUCUACAGUUGAUGCCACAGAUGAAGCCAUUGAUCAAUUUGGAUCUAAUGAUCCAUUACCACAAGAUUAUUCAAAGAAUGUUUCUCUCAUUGAAAUGACACCUAAGGAUAUUCUUCUUGUAUUUCUUGGAAAAGACACUCAAAAUGAAAAACAAGAAGACGUCAACACAUUUUUAGAGAGAUUCAAAGAAUUACAAAAGCAAUAUCGAAUUGAAUGUGGUUACAUUGAUGAUGGAAUGAGAAAGUGGCAAGAAGCAUUUGAAAGAGUUCUCAAUAAUCAGAGCAAAUUUAGAAUUGUAACCUUUGAAGAAAGACACAGAUGUAAGAAAUCUCUAGAAGCUAGAUUCUCAGUCAUGAAACAACUACUCAAAGACAAGUACUUGACAAAGGUUCUAAGUUUACAAGAAAAUACCUUAUUACGGUCGAAGAGAAGAGGUAAUUUACCACGACAUGCCACCAACGUUUUAAAGUCAUGGUUGUUCUCUCACUUUCUUCAUCCUUAUCCUUCAGAAAGCGAAAAGAAAGAUCUUUGUAUGGAAACAGGCCUAACACUCACUCAGGUGAACAAUUGGUUUAUCAACCAACGUGUAAGAACAUGGCGACCAAUGCUUGAAUCCAUGCUUGAAGGAGAAAAGGAUAAAACUACAAGUGAAAGCACACCACAACCAUCAGCAUCUUCCACACGACCUGCUUCCGAGUCAGGCAGCAAAAAGAGAUCAAAGAAGAAUCAACAGGCUUCUUCAACUCAACAAUCGAUUUCACAACCCAUCAUGCAAAUGUCACAACAAACAGUCAUAAUGCCAAAUCCAGGAGCACAAAUGAUGACACCAGACAUGACAGGAGCAGCUUAUCCACAACAUUAUACAUGGUCAAACGCUACUCCCCAAUACAUGGAUUAUAUAGAUGAAGACUUGAAGUUCUAA